GAUAUUUCUAAGCUCUCCAUUUCGUCUACAAACUAAACUUCGUUGUCCUUCUCUUUUGCAACCUUUCUGGAUUUCGUAAUGAAUUCCGAGCUUUUUUUCAACCCUCAAGAUGUCAUCUUGGAACCCCUGGAAGAGCACGACGUUGAGUCAGUCCGUGUAUCGCGAUUGAAACCAGUUGGAUUUCGUCAACCUUCAGAUCUACUCGACAAAAUUACACAUGGCGUAAAGGGGCUUACUGUAAGCCGGUCCUUUGCCCACACGUAUUGGAGACUUCCACCUCGCAACAUCCGUGUUUUGUUGCUCCGAAGGGGUAAAAACAACGAUGUAUUGCAGCUCGAUCUUGUUCGUGCUCCGUUGGACAACCUUCCAGAUUAUGAGGCCUUGUCUUAUGAAUGGGGUGACAGCCCAGCGGUGAACCCCAUCAUACUUCGCGAUUUCACGACGCUCGUCACCGAGCGAUAUACGAAUGCUAGAUCCAGAUUGCAAUUUUUGUUGUUCAGAAUAGUUGGAACACGCACCCUCAUCGGCAAGAACCUCUUCGACGCCUUACGGGCAAUUCGGAAAACCGACAGGCACGUCAAAAUUUGGGUCGAUGCACUUUGUAUCAAUCAACGCGACUUGAGCGAGAAGACAGAGCAGAUCUCAAAGUACAUGUCUGAGAUAUACAAUCGAGCGCUCAAUGUGCGAAUCUGGCUAGGCGGAGCAAGCGAGCGAAGUGACAUCGCCAUGGACUUUGUCAAAGAACUUGUCCAAUUCGAAGAACUCAAAGGCAUAUUUCACCGAGAGGAAUCUCUACAAAAAUGGGCCGCUCUGAUCGAGUUGAUGCGAAGUAGGUGGUUUAGCCGACGCUGGGUGAUUCAAGAGUUAUCUUUGGCACGAAGUGCUUCAGUGUACUGCGGUACCAAAGCGGUCCAUUGGGAUGACUUCGCCGAUGCUAUUUCCGUCUUUAUGGAGAAGCUGCCUAUGGUGAGGUCUGAAUUCCAAAGCGCCGAAAAGAUCAAGAUCAAAGCCGAGGGCCUCAACGCGGUUGAAGCCUUUGGAGCUCGAGCUCUCGUCAAGACAACAAGUCCAGGCAAUUUGUUGCAAAAGGGUAAUGACGGCAGCAUUAUGGAGCGAAAAAAAACUAUGGAAGAACUCGUGUCUAGCCUUAUCUCGUUUGAAUCGCAAGAUGCUAGAGACACGGUCUACGCCUUGCUCGCCAUCGCUCGCAACCAAGAGCGGAAUCGGAAAGCUCUACAGCCAGACUACAACAAAAGUCUCCUCGAGGUCUAUACUGAAUUUGUUCGGCUUUGCAUCGACACUUCUGCUUCCCUGGACAUUAUUUGCAGACAUUGGGCACCAGUCAAUACGACGCUGAUCAUCAAGCAGCCAAAAGGCGAGAACCUUCGAUUCGAUACUACGCUCCCCUCGUGGAUACAGAAUCUGAAUGCCUCAGCUUUUGGAACUCCCGAUAAGAUAUUUCGCGGUAGAAAGAACGCUGACAGUCUCGUUGGGCUGCAAAGGAUCUACAAUGCUUCCGGGAAGCAUACGGCCGAAACUGCUGAGUUUGCACAGAGGACACAGCAGAGAUCUUCUAACCCUCCCUUGCCUGAGGGAGUCGAACUCACCGAGACCUAUGACGGUACACUCACAGUCCAAGGCCUCGUACUUGGCUCUAUUACUGCUCUUUCCCCACGCAUGAUUCCAGGCAUCCUUCCCAACGAGGUCAUUGCCAUGGGCGGAUGGGACUACUCGCUCCAGGACAAGGAGCUCACAGUCGACUCUAUUCCCGAUAAACUGUGGCGAACGCUCGUUGCGAACAAGGAUCCAGAAGGCCAGCCACCAGAAGGCGUCUACAGGCGCUCAUGCGUUUUCAUCCUCCAACGCGAAGACGUGAACGGCGAUGUCCGCAUGACCGAGCUCAUGAACGACCCUGAGUGCCCAGAACAAGUCGUCAGCUUCCUGAAGCGCGUCCAGGACGUCACCUGGAACCGCAAAGUAUUCAUCGGGGGCGAGUACGGGGAGCUAUUUGGCCUAGUACCGAAGAAAGCUAAGGAAGGAGAUCUUAUUUGCGUUCUCUAUGGCUGCAGCGUUCCUGUUGUCCUCAGACCGGUAAAGGAGAAGCCAUUGCUUGGGCAGCGGGUUGACCCCCAAUCUGCGGAGAACUACCUUGCGAGUUAUCGCACUGUCGGCCGCAGGCGUGCUUCCACCACGUCGAAGUCAGUCAAGGUUGACACAGCUGCGUCAACGACCGCGGACCGAGACGACUUCUUCAUUCCCUUCUCUCAACCGAGAGAAAGUGGGCCCAGUACCGAAACGAGCUCACCGGCCAAUCCAUGGACGGAGCAACCAUGGGCAGCUCAGGCGGAUAUUUUAUCACCGAUCCUUGAAACAGAGCAACUAAUUCCCGUCGACCUGCCUGCUUCGUCCACUAAUGGCUACCAAUCCAACGGCGGCCAACCCAAUGGCAGUCAGCGAGAUCCAAAUACGAACAGCCCACCUACCUCUGCUGUCGACUACUCAGACCUCGGAUCAGCCAGCCAGCCAAGCCAGCCUGAGCCUAAUGCCCCUACGUACUACGAGCUCAUCGGAGAAUGCUACGUCAACGGUAAAAUGGAUGGCGAGGUGUGCGAUAUCGAGGCAUACACAAAAACCCUUCAGCGGUUCGUUCUUGUGUAGCGGCCUCGAAGCAAUACGGAUGUCGCACUUUUUUCGUAUUGGUUUUACUCUCACGUCUGCUGAUUUGAUUUCGCUCAUGUAAUCUAUCCGGUCUUUGCUAUACUCUUUUUACCAGGUCCAGUCCUUCCCGACAUGUCCUAGCUGCAAAAUUUGAUGUAGUUAUUCUCGAAUCUUCAGGCUUCUAACAAACACCUAAUCAAGUUGCUUCCCAUGCUUGUUCAGA